UCACUUUAAAAACUUACUAAAAAACUAUCUACCCAACCCGAGAGUUUGGUUCUGAUCCAUGCUUCGGGAGAGGCUUUUAUGUUGAAGCAACCAACCCCCAGUUUCUGUUGAUGCAUAAACUGUUGCUAUAGAGACGUGAGUAAACAUCUGAACCAGCUCAUCCUGUUUUCAACUAACAUGUUGGACACGUCAAAAGGGGAAAAUUGAUUAUAUAUAGAUAUCCCUGAACAUCCGCUUCUGGAUGAAAAAACGUAAAUUUGAAGUUUUUUAAAUGAAGUCUGGUCUAGUGCUGCCAAUCUCGAAUAAUCUCGAAACAACCCGCGAGGCUUCAGCCUGUGUUUUGUUUUUAAGCCUUUUUAGAGUUACGGUCCGAGUUCAGGAGAGUUAACGUUAGUUGGAGCAUAUUUUACCUGAACGGAAGCAUUCGGACCGGCAUGCGGGUCUCCCAGGUUUCGGCCCGACUUUACCUGGGUGAUCUGGACUCGGCGCUGAACGCCGCAGUGUUGACCAGCAGGAACGUCUCGCUCAUCGUCAACGCCAGCGGAUUGCUGGACCUCCCCUACCCAGUGCCCGACAGCCUGCAGGUCCUCCACGUCCCAGUCCAGGACCGGCCCCAUGCCCAGCUGGGUCAGUACUUUAACCCGGUGACGGAGCGGAUCCAGCAGAACCAGGCCGGGUCCACUCUGGUCCACUGCACGGCGGGUCGGAGCCGCUCCGCAGCGCUGGUCAUGGCUUACCUGAUGAGAUCUGAAGGCUUCAGCCUCCGUCAGGCCCACGAACUGGUUCUGGAGCGCCGGCCGUUUAUCCGACCCAACGCCGGGUUCUGGAGGCAGCUCAUGGAGUAUGAGAGGGAGCUGUCGGGUCGGAACACGGUGAGAAUGGUGGGGACGGCAGCCGGGGUUCUGCCUGAGGCCCUGCUGGACCCGGAUGGAGCCGAGUACUGUGUGAACGUCUGAACGUGGUUCUGACCCAAACACAAGAUACCAGACAGAGACAAGAAAACACGAACAUGGUAAAAAAAAAAAACAUAGAAAGGUUUAUUUAUACGGCACACAGAAAGAUCAGAUUGGAUCGGCACUGGAAGGUCCAGAUGGUACCGGGUCAGAUCAGUGGGUCAGUACUGGAAGCUCCUCUUGGUCUGGAUAUCGUCCAGGAUCUGCUGCAGCUCCUCAUCCUCAAACCGACCCUCCAAACUGAAACCAGAACCAACAGAACCUUAAUUACACAGAAAUAAAGUCAUGUUGGAUCAACAGAACCGGUUCUGAUCUGGCUGGGUCCAGUUCUGGCCCUGCAGAUUUCAGAAAUGUCAACAGCUGGGUUACUUCAGAACCUGACCCGGUUCAUGACCCGUUCAUGCGUCUUUAACCAGCAACACGUCCAGAACCAGCAGGAUCCGGGUCCGUCCUCAGUUAGAAGCGACUGCUGCAGACGGAACCGUUUGGACUUACAGUCACAGACUUACUGCUGCUUGAGAUUAAACCAGAACCAACUGCUGUUCAUUCAGGUAAAAGAACCGGGUCAACAGCACCGGCGCUAAGCUAAACAUUAGCACCACCACUAGCGAAAUUUAUUUUAGCUCAGCAAUUUAGAAUUUUUCCGGGAAAAAUUAUUUAUUUUGUUAACUUUGAAGACGAUUAGCUCACUUAGCUUUCUGUAAAUGAGUUUUUCUGGAUGAAUUUUAAAGCGCUAAAUUACGUUGCUGUUUUUCAAACAUUCGGUUUAAUAAAAUUUGACGACUGUU